GUGUCUGUGUCUUAGAGGAUCUUAGGUUUCUCUUUAUAGAUAGAUCAUAUUAAUAUGUUUAAUAAUAUAGGCCCUAAAGUUUCAGACAUUCAUGGUGCAGGGUUCACAUACUCUUAUGCUGCUCCUUCCUCACGAACCGGAGGAGAUCAAGAGGACUAUCAUGAUCAUGAUCAUGAUCAUCAAGGUGGGCUGAUAAAGGAGCAGGAUCGUCUGCUCCCCAUCGCCAACGUUGGCCGAAUCAUGAAGCAGAUCCUCCCCCCCAACGCCAAGAUCUCCAAAGAAGCUAAAGAAACCAUGCAAGAAUGUGUGUCGGAGUUCAUCAGCUUUGUGACCGGCGAAGCAUCUGAUAAAUGCCACAAGGAGAAGAGGAAGACCGUCAACGGAGACGAUAUCUGCUGGGCUUUGGGGAGUUUGGGGUUUGAUGAGUAUGCUCAGUCUCUCAAGAGGUAUUUGAGCAAGUACAGGGAAGCUGAAGGAGAGAGGGUCAAUCAGAAUAGGGCUCAUUAUUCAGGCCAUGAGGAGAUCAGGAUCGACGAUUCAUCCAACGGUAGGGCUGCCCCGGUGGCCCUCAGGGUGCAGGGAGUUUCUCCACCUCCUUUCAGCUACAAUAACCUAAUGGAAAAGAGAACAAUUUAAUUAGGGUUUUGGCCAAAGUUCAAAUUAACCUUCAACAGUGUAAGCUACUUUAAUUACAGUGAUUUCCUUCUUCCUUUUUGUCUUGCUUUUUUUGAAAUCUUGGUUAAAUUUUACUCUGAUUUUUUUGUUUGUUUUGAGGGUGAAAUUAAGGAGAUGAACUAGUGGGGAUUUUCUGUUGCACGAACCUAUAAUUUGCUGCUCUGUUUGCUAAUUAUUGAACUUUAAUUUUUGUGGUUAA